CUGUUUCGCCGGCCGCUGCCGGCCGCCCUCCCCUAUAUAAACCCACCAGCUCUCCUCUUCAUCACAGCGUGACACACCUGCUCCGAUCACAACGAUCACCAAGCAAAGCAAGCUCUCGAGUACACCAAGGAGGCAAGACAAAAUCAGGCGGCGAGAACCGGAGAAGAAGAAGAACCAGCAGAUGGCCGGUGCGGCGAAGGCGUCGUGGAUGGUGGCGAUGAGCGUGGGCGCCGUGGAGGCGCUCAAGGACCAGGCGGGGCUCUGCCGCUGGAACUACGCGCUGCGCUCCGCCCACCGGAACGCCAAGGCCAACGUGCGCAGCUUCGCGCAGGCCAAGAAGAUGGCGCCGGCGGUGGCGGCGGAGCGGCGGCGGGCGGACAAGGCCGAGGAGGGGAUGAGGAUGGUCAUGUACUUCAGCUGCUGGGGGCCCAACUGAGCUCGUCGGCUUUCGGCUGUCGGUCUCUGUUUUGGCUUUCGGCGACUGAGCUCGGCUUCAGAUCUGGGCUGGCCGGUUGCCAGAUUGUAACAUACUACGAUGAUGAUGAUGAAAAGUUCUCUCACUCGGUUUCAGUACAUGAAUGCCUAUCCUACUGUACUGGAAUGGGAAAUAAAAUUGCUCCAGUUUAUAACAA